GAAAAGCGACCGCAGGCGGGCGGACGAGGCUUUUAUUAGUUCCUGGACGCAGAGAAACCGGCGUGAAGCUGCCUUUCAGUUAGUAACCAGUUGUGCAAAGUCAAUCGCAGACAGUUUAUUCAGUCCGAUGGUGUUGGAGGUGGAUUUCCCGAUGAUUGAAGUGUCGAUACCGUCGAUGGAGAGGGAAGUGGAUGAGUCGGGAAAGUCCAAAAAGCUCUUCAGAGUUGAAGUCUUGUUUAACGGGAGGAAACAUUUCGUGCUCAGAAGAAGCAGCGAAUUCCAGACUCUCCACAGAAAACUCAGGAAGAUCAUCCAGACUCCAGAUUUCCCGAGCAAAAGGAACCCCCAUCUGAGGACCAAACCUCUGGAGCAGAGGAGGCAGGAGCUGGAGGACUACGUCCAGGAGAUCAUCUAUCAGAAUGAGGACGUGCCGCAGGUGCUGCUGGACUUCCUCCACGUGAAACACUUUCACACAGGGAACAAGAUCAGCAGCGUGGAAUCGCUUGAUGAAUUGGACAGUCAGGAUUACAGUUAUCAGUUUCCACAUCAGCGAGUGUUGGGAUUUUUUCAGGAUCCUUACCUGUCAGACUGCAACACAGAUCUCCCAGAUGUCGUUGUGGACGGGGUUCUUCAGGGUUUUUACCCCCGAGACGUCCGGGUCAGCUUCACCGCCCCCACCCUCGCUGUGCCCGACCCUGCUACUUCUAUAGAUGACUGAAUUGAGAGUUUGUCAGAUUUAGAAUAUGCAGUACAGUCAGAUAGACCACGACAGCGUACACUUGCAUGAUGCAGAAGGAAAACAGCCUGAAGUAGGUCACUUGGUGGAUUCUUUUGUCCAAUAUCAGUAGACCUCAUGGGAUUUAAACCCGAGACCCCGGCUUUGUUGUUCCCAUACUCCUGUGGUGCUCAGCCUUAUUACAGCCCUUUGAGAAGCUCAUAUUGAGGCCAAACACUCAAAAGGCAUCUUGAAAUGUAGGUCUGUUUGCAGAAGUGGUCACUCAGUCUACGUGUUAGCAGGUGUUAGUUUAAGCAGCGAAACAGUUUUUAAUGAAGAUGUGCAUGCAAACCUGUCUUUUAUUCCUUUUUGGCAAAACUCUAGUCUGUUUUCAAAAUAAAGGAGACGUAUGGGAGUGUGGAAGAUGACUUGAAAUCCAAGGAGGGAUGGGGUUUAGUUUUUUGAAGAUAUUAUUGCAUAUAUUUUGGUCACAGUUGCUACAGACUCGAUGGAAGUGGGACAAAACAAUAUGGAAGACAUUUCGUACAUGUAUUUAUAGGAAUUAAAAUGAGGUCAAACACAAUCUGACUGGGGUGUGGAAGCAGUUGUUCAGUGUAAACAAAUGUUUUUAAAGUUGACGUAUAUGUACUUUUGUAUCUUGUUUACAUUGAAAUUAUAAUAAAGAAUCAG